AUGGUGAUUAUUUACUUUUAUCCUUUUCUCCGCUUCUCUUUUGUUUUGUUCGAAUCGUUCCCCUAGCAACCGAAAACUACGUUUCUUAGAUGGGAGCACGCUGCAUUGUCCAGCUUUUCGUUAUGUGAACACGAUUGUCUUAGCACAGUCAGAGCUACUUAAGCCGCUGCAGCCCCGUAAAGUCUCACCCUUCAUUUUAGGAGCAUUCCGCCAGAUCGUAACCCUAGGGAUUUAAUAGCUUGCUCGAUAAGGGGUGUCCGGCAUAGCGGGUGAGAUAUAUUCCACCCGUGAGAUGGUGCGUGAGUUCGAGGCUGUUCGCACCGGUCCGCAACCGCGCUUUCCGUGGCUGACAACAGCAACAAAAUGUUAUCGGGGCUGAAGGUUUGGACAACUAACCGAUGACAUUUUUAUGUCACGUACUUAUUUUUAGAAGAACUGGUCAUGAUAACCGUUCGCGUUGUUUACUUAUUUUUUAACCCAAACUUCGAAGUAGAGGCCGUUCACACGAAAAACUGCUUCUAAUUAACAUAAGCUCUUAAGGGCUGCCGUGGUUACUCGAAACAACACAACUUUCGCGAUGAACUGUUUUGUCUUCAACACAAAAUGCGGCCAAGCUAUUCAGAAAGGCCGCACCCUUCUAUUAGUUGCGUUUUGUGGCAUUUUCAGACAAUGAAACGAGAAGGGGUUGCUACCGAUGUCCAAGUUACCCCUCCUUUUUAUAGACAAGGGCAUUCUUUUCAAGCGCAUGCUGAUAGUCUUAUUAAAAAAUGAUGAAGGCCUCUUAUAUAGCACAAAUUUGCCGUAAUGUAAAUCUUCUCUAUCAAGAAACGAACAAAAGAGUUCCAUACAUUUUCUAAAUUAUAUCGAAUUUAGUGAGCACCAAAAAGAGUAUACUACGAGUUGAUCCUCCCCUCUUUAUCGUGGAGCGAGUCCAACUGGAGUUUCCGGAUAGCGUAUGCAAAACGUCACAAAAGUAGUUCUGGCUCACAUUUGUCCGCUAUACUGUUUGCGAAUGUGUUGCCUGCUUACUGGCCGGGCAAAACCUCCUGCUUAAAGGCUAAAGACUCUUGAUUUUACGUAAUAAAUCUCAAAGCCGACGCUGUAUACCAGCCCUGUGUAUACCAGCUCAUCUGUGUAGAACCUAUCGCAGGCCGAAGAUCCUAGUAUAAUCCGUCGACAGGGGUUUUAUUAUCGCAAUUACCCUGACACCGUGUUUCUUUCAUCUUAACCAGAGCUACGAACUGGCUAGGCAUCCACUUGGGCGAAAAGAAAGACAAAGCGUACGGAUAAGGCUUAGCUGUACAGUUUUUGAAGUUCACUAAAGUUAUUGGGAAUGCCUGCUAAGUCCGGUCUCACAAACGCUGUUCAGUUAAUUUUGAAAUUCAUUCGUCCCAUCCGUCAGAUUCAUUUUUUCUUAAUUCCUGGUGUACCAGGAUAUAAUUGAAUCCUACCUGAACUUGCGCCUUCUCGCUGACUGCCUUGAUGCCAGGGAUAAGGAAAAACCUGCAUGUGGUAAGAAAAGCUAAUGCUUCGCGUUUCUUAAUUUCACGGCAUCUUACGAAGUCCUGUAGCAAAUAGAUGUCCUCAAUUCCGCACGAUUUCUGAGCCACACUGCCAGUGAACACUUUCAAAGGUGGCAGUGCUUAUUGGUAGUAAUUUGUCAUACAUUAUUGAUUGCGUUCAUUUGUGCCUUAAAUGCUAGGCCCACAAAGUAUUUGCUGCGUUCUUUUUAGAAAUUGUUUGCCUUUGGACUUUAGACAUAUACUUCUCGGUUAGCAUUUAGCUUUCUCCAACUGUCUGCCAGUGACAUGUCCUGGAAGCGUCCCGCUAUCCCAAUAGUCUUGAAAUUUUCGGCAGAAGUUCACGUGUUCACUGUUGAGAUUGCAGGUGAUUGACAAUGAAAAUGGAUAGGCUCUCGUAGGACUCACUUUUGACGGAUAUAAUGGCUGCUUACUUAUAACGCAUCUGAUAUUGGGCAGUCUUAGACAGGUUAACUUUUCAGCGUAUGGUUUGACGUUAACAUGCAGGUAGCAGUUCUCGUCUUUUUCUCGUCUUUCCUGUCUGUCAUCAGAGAUCACGAAUACAAGUGCAGGCAUGUGGACAUAAUUUCUGCCUGCCAUUCACCAUAUUUUUAGUACGUGCAGAUAUGGAGCGUUUUUAUGUCAUUUUGUGUUUUUACAGCCAUCCGCAAUCACCUACGCAUAUUGCUAACGUAUGUAUCCCAUUUCCCGCCCUUUAUGAGGGCGGAUUUGCAGUUUCCUGGUCGUUGAAAACUUCGAACUUCAAUUUAAAGGCUGGUUCACCAAUCUGUCCGACGGUGUUACAUUUAAUUGUUAGUUUUUCCUUCAUAGCCGACUUUAAAAAUUCUCCAAUUACCCUCACGUUUGCGGGUCCCAUUUCGCCUUUUGGAGACUAAGACAAAGGAAGCUGCUCUGUUAUUUAUGGGACUGUCACAGGGAAUACUUAUCGUCAUGGUAGGAUUUAAAUCUGUCACAAUGUUAGACUUUUCGUGCUUCUUUCUUAAGCCUGCGGAAUUCAGGACCACUUUUAUUGCGGCCUAUCAGAACAACUCGCAUGACACUAUUUCAUUCAGGCGGUCCUUUAUCCUUUCUUGAAGGGUCCUCUUUGGUCAGCGUGCCCCCAGCCUCGUCACCCCUCUACGAACCCUUCCAUCAGCUCCUCGAUUUGACCCGGGGUAAGUGUUUUUCUUUGUUCUCUCCGAAUUUUCAGCUGGCUCGGAUGGUAUCAACAGCCGUGCCUCGGAGACGCCGUUUCGAUGCUUCAAUGUCACCUAUGGGCUACUUGACAGAACGACUACGGGUCCUAUGUGGGAGAUGGUCUCUUUCUCUCUCGCCUGACAUGGCUAUGUCAUUCACGCCGAACUACACCACAAACCACCAUUGGGGUAGGGAAUGCAUUUUGACUCGCCUGCUCUACUGUCACCUGCAUUUUUCCCAUUUUAAUUUAUCUGCCGCCUACUUUACAACAAAGAUGGUUUGACUUGAAGUUACUUAUGUAGGGUGUGAUAGAAACGGAACCUUCAGGGGAUUGUGAUUGUGAUCAUGAAGUCCACUACCUAAAAUGUGUAAGAGCUGUGUACCUGUGUGGCAGUACCUAAUCCCGACACGAACGGUUACCGCCGAAACCUCAUUGUUUACAUUUGGAAGUCGAUCUGGAGCAGUUUUAUGACGACGUUUUGAUCGCCUACAUGAGAUAACUUUACCGCCAAACUCGUGACACAGAUUCAAGCUUCGUUCAUUGAAAUACGAGCCCUUUUAAGGCGUCGCAUAGCGUCCUCUGGUCGUGAACGUCAGCAAGCGCCACACAGACUGUCUGACCUGACCAUAUCUGCCAUUCUCGACUCUUUCAGAAGUAUUAUACCCUUUACGCCUUAGAAUUUUAAGCUGCGCACAUGAAGACGAACGUAUAUUUCCUAGUGGUUUUUUUCGGCAGUCCGUGUUGGGUUGGACAUCAGGUUGUGAACUCCUGUUUGUACGCGCACAUCAACAAAGCAACCGUUAUUUGCAAGUACUAAUCAUAGAGAAAUAAGAACAGCAAGUGGCCGAGAGAACUGUAAUUUAAAGUCGUAACGGCAGAUUUUGAAAGCCUGAUGUUCUGUCGUGGAGUCACCCGUCUACGUUCUGCCUGACGCAGUCAGGGAUAUUGUCUUUUUCGGCCCCGGCGACUUCUUUGCACCUAUUUUUAUUUCGCUCUCACUCUAGACCGGAGACCCUUCUACUGGAUUGUGAACCGCAGUUGUCACUUGAAAGAAAUGAAUACAGGCUGCAAGAGAUGCUACCCCUGA